AUGCCUACGAGCCAGGCAUAUGGGAAUACUACUGGUGAUCUUUCCAGUCUGUUUCCAGUCUAUGUGCAAGGCUUCUACGCUUUUCUCUAAGAACAGAGAGGCUGAAUAAAGUGUUCAUGAUAAUGGAUAAGAAACAUGACAUGAAAAAUAAUGUUCUUCCUCCCAGCUUCAUCCCUUACCAAAUUGUAAUUCGCCACAAAGUGUGAAAACUCUGCGAUGAGAUUAGGAGUGUCAUGGGGAAUCUGGGAAUGGUUGUGGUUGGUGAAUUUACAAAUAUAAUAAUAGAAUGAUGUGCAAGACUUACAUGUAUGUACCAGUGUGUGUACUGCAACUGUGGUAAGAGCUUAUGACAAAAUGUGGAGAGGACACAGCCAUACUGCAUUUAAAGUGUUUUCAAAACUACAUUUAAGAGAAUCGGCAUCCUAAAUGUAUAAACUUGUUUUGCAAUUGAAAAAGUCACUGAAAAUGAUAUAUAAUGAGGUAUUAAUUUACGUGCCAUAAACACCAAAUAAGAUAGAAGUGAACUAUAACACUAUGGUUGGAAGAGGUACACAUAGAAAAGGAUAUAAUAUAUUGAGAAACUGAAACAAGACAGACAUAUUUAAAUCCUUAUUAACUUGGAAAUAAUUUGCUUUAGAAAGGAUACAUGUAACUUCAAUGUCUUUUUACAGGCACAGUAACUGAGCACUGAUGGGGAAUUAGAUUCCCUUCGCACUUGGAGAGGGACAAGGCCAAUCUCCUUUACUCAGAUCAUUAUAGAUGCUAAGGCUGAGGCUCGAAGCACUAAUGUUAAUACCAUAAGUAGGUAUUUCCCACCGAAAAAGGUUGAAGGUAAUUAUUUCUUCUGUGUUUUUUCCCGUGUUUUCUUCACCCUUAAUGGAAGAUCUCAGCAUGUUAUGGUGCAAGGAAAUUUAUCUCAGAGUUUGAAUUUGGACUUUGGUGUACCACAGGCCUCUUGCCUCAGGCCAUUGCUUUUCACGUUUUAUGCCCGCAAAUUGUUUGAUGUUAUCAAGGUGCACCUUCCCAUGGUUCACUGCUACGCUGACGACACACAGUUAUAUGUGUCUAUCAGUCCAAACAAAAGCACCAGGCAAUUUGAGGCUGUCACUCCUAUUCAGCACUGUGUGGAUGAUUAA